GAGCCGGCACUUUUGACAGCCCACAGCUGACGGCACAGAUGUUGUGUUGAUAACAAACUGCAUUUUCAUCGGCUUUUUGUACACCAAUUUUACACCUGCAUUUACCUAACUUUGCUCCAACAAUUACCGUGCUUAUUGCAACAGUUCGUAGCCUUUUUCGCUACUCAAAGCAAAAGACCAAUUCGUAUUCCACCAUGACGGUGAUUUCGCUUAUCUCAUCGACCAAAUGCUUCGGUGGAUUGCAAAAGAUAUACUCGCACCAGUCGAAAGAGCUGGCCUGCGAAAUGAAGUUCGCCGUCUUUCUUCCCGCAACAGCCGAAGACCGGCGUCUUCCGGUGCUCUAUUGGCUGUCGGGAUUAACCUGCAACGAAACGAACUUCAUCCAGAAAGCCGGUGCGCAACGUUACGCGACCGAAAACAAUCUAAUCAUCGUCUGUCCGGACACUUCGCCGCGCAAUGUUAACAUUCCGGGUGAGGAUGAUUCGUGGGAUUUCGGGUCGGGCGCCGGUUUCUAUAUCGAUGCGACGAAGGAACCGUGGAGCAAGCACUACCGCAUGUACAGCUACAUCACGCAGGAACUGAUCGAUGUGGUAAACAACAACUUCCCGACGGUGGCGAACAAAAUGAGCAUUGCCGGCCACAGCAUGGGUGGACACGGUGCGUUGAUUUGCGCACUCAAGAACCCCGGUCUGUACAAAUCGGUAUCGGCAUUCGCACCGAUCAGCAACCCCACCAAGUGCCCGUGGGGUGAGAAGAUUUUCAGCGGUUACAUUGGAGAGGACAAGCGGGAUGAGUGGAAGAACUGGGACGCUACCGAGCUGGUGGCCGGAUACAAUGGUCCCCCGCUGGAGCUGUAUCUGGAUCAGGGUUCGGAGGAUAGCUUCCUGAAGGACGGUCAGCUUAAUCCUCAGAACCUGGUCGAUGCGAGCCGUGCGGCCCAAGUACCGUGUGUUUUGAACAUGCGAGAAGGGUACGAUCACAGCUACUUCUACGUCGCUUCCUUCAUCGGAGAGCAUAUCGCUUACCAUGCCCGGCAUCUGCAGUAGACACGUCUGGGGCUGCCGUUUUAUGUAAACUUUAUGUCUUUUUGUGUGCGGUUAAAUCAAUAUGAUUGAUGAACCAAUAAAUGGUCGAAUUUUAUUCCUCUUUUCGUA